GACCUGGAGGUUUUUAACGUGUAUUUAGUAUUGAAAACAGAGGCUAAUUGAGUAGUUGUGGGAGCUCGUGAGCAUGUCCUAACGUGUUUUGAGGGUAUUUGUAGAUCAGGUGGAGUGUUUUUAUGUGUUUAACGGUGCCACUUCGGUGGAUAAAGUUAUCGCGAGUGAAUAAAAAAUUAUUCAAUCAUAACGAAUCGAGGAGGUGGAUAAAACACGUGUGUGCGCUAUUUAUGUGCUCCCAUCGUAAUUACAUUGGUAGAAAAAUAAACAAGAAAAAAAAAAUGCGAGAGGUGAAGUCCCUCUGUCGAUAAUCUUGGAUUUGGUGAAUGAAAAAAUCACUUGACAUACCUGAGUUAUUGUGACUGUUUAGCGGCACUCAAUCGUCUACUUAUCAAUUUUUACAAAUUGGAGGAAUGUUAAUGUGGAAUGAUAUUGCAAGAGGAUCGUUAUAAGUUUAUUAAGCGCCAUGUCUCACGAUGGACCAAUCAGCUGCUUGGUAAAUCGCUGUGAGACCUCGAAUCUGUCCUCAGACGAAUGACAACAAAAGAGAAUACAUGGUACCAAACUGACUCCGAGCAGACACUAAUUCAUAGUUGUUAUUGUUUUUAUCUUUUAUUUUUAUCAUCAUUAUUGUGCCCACUUGAUUAAUAUUCACUGUGAAAAUCGAUAAUCAACCGUGCAAACGUCAAACAAACGGCAGAUACAAACGAUAAGCUACAGCUCCAAUCGAAUAACCACCAAUUCCCUUUAAAAAGUCUCUGAAGACCGUCACGCUGGGUAGGUUGUAAUAAAAAGUGCCGAGGAAUAUGAAGAGAAGAAAUGCCGAGUGCGGCAAGCUCCGGAGGCCCUUGAAACGUAACAAGAUUACUGAAGGAAUAUACGGAAACACACUCCUGUAUCUCAAGAUUUUAAUGCUAUGGGCCAUGGUGAUUUUAGCAGACUUCAUUUUAGAGUUUCGUUUUGAAUUUCUGUGGCCAUUCUGGCUCCUCUUGAGAAGUGUUUACGAUUCAUUUAAAUACCAAGGCUUGGCCUUUUCAGUCUUCUUUAUUUGCAUCGCACUCACAUCCGAUAUGAUUUGUUUCUUUUUUAUUCCUGUACACUGGUUAUUCUUUGCUGCCAGUACUUACGUUUGGGUUCAAUACGUCUGGCACACGGAUAAAGGCGUUUGUUUACCGACUGUGAUGCUGUGGCUACUAUUUCUCUACAUAGAGGCUGUUGUGAGAUUGCGAGAUUUACGUCACAUGCCGUUUCAUUUGGAUCUAUGUAGGCCGUUUGCCGCUCACUGCAUUGGUUAUCCUGUUGUUACAUUGGGCUUUGGUUUCAAAAGCUACGUUGGCUACAGAAUGAGACAGAGAAAGCAAAAAGAUGUGGCGAAGGAGAAUGAAUUUUACCUGCAGUUGCUUCAAAAAGCACUGCCGGUUGAACAGCAGACAGCAGGUACAACACAAUUACAGACGCAGUUACAACCACAGCUUGUAACUGCCGAGACGAAUUCCAAAUCCCAGCCAAACAAACAGAACAGCCAAUAUAAUCCAAGCCCAGAAAAAAGUAGAGGAAAUAGUGGCACAUGUUCGGCAGAAACGAGUCUACAAAAUGGUAACAUUUCGAAUGAUACAUCUCACAUGCAGACACUUAACCCGUUACAAUCACAGAGUAUAUCUACGAAGAAUAAUCACAGAAAAUCCCUGGACAAAGGUGAGAAACAGGAGGACCAACAGAAGCACAAUUCGGCCCAAUCAUCGAAUCAAACGUCAGAGAAAAAUGAUAAGAGAUUUGUGCACAGUAAUGGUACAAGUGUACAACAGAGUGAUGUACAAUUUAUUGAACGUAUCACGUCAGUCAAUGAUUACGAUGCCAGUGAAAUGGAGAAAGACAAAACAGCAAAGUGUAAUACAUCGCAUUCGUCAGUUAAAGCACAAUCUAAUGGAACGACUAAUUGUGGAAAAUGGAAUAAUAAUAGUGUAAAGGAAAAUCGAGAUUCAAAUUCAGUGAAUAAUCAACGAGAGCGCAGAGGUAGGCAAGCAAAAAAUAUAUUAUCAGAUAGCGAACAGCAGCAACAGCAACAGCAACAACAACAACAGAAACAACAGGAUGAAUACUGUCAGAGGUUAUUAAUAUGUCGUAAAUUAGAGUCGGAUAUAAAAAAAUUGAAAAGUGAUUUGCAAUCGAGUAGACAAAUGGAGCAGGAGUUGAGAUCACAAGUUAAUACAUUAUUAAAUGGUGAGAGACAGUCCAAGGGGGAUAUGCAGCAAUUGCAACAUGACAAUGACCAAUUGCAGGGCAAACUUCAGAAUUUGAUGACCGCCAGGCAAUUGGAUAAACAAACAAUGUCCUCGCUUGAGAGAAGGAUAGCUGAGGAGCGUAGACAGAGAACAGCGUGUGAAGCAUCACUUGUUUCAGAGAGACGUGCGAGAAGAGUGGCUGAGGAAGCCAGAUCAUCCAUACCACCGCCUCCUCCACCAUUAAUCAGGCAAGAAUGCACUGAUGCAUGCAAAACACGUCGGGCACAAAUGGAACAGGAUCUUAAGAGUCUGAGGCGUGAGCUCAAAGUCAAAGAUGAGAGAUAUUUGACACUUGAGAAGGAGUUGAAUCACUGCAAAGACAGUCAUGGUGAGACUGAUAUUAUUAUUGGUGCAUUGAGCUCAUUGCAGGAGAAAAAUACACAUCUCGAGAAUAGUCUCAGUGCUGAAACAAGAAUCAAACUCGAUUUAUUCUCAGCCCUGGGUGAGGCUAAACGUCAGCUUGAGAUACGUGAGAGUCUCAUCAGAUCUCAGGAGAAAGAAAUCGAAAUAUUGAAGGCUAAAAUAGCCCAGGAUCUUGCUGUUAUGCCACAGGAUACUUUUGGACAGACAUCAACAUGUUCUACGUCUAAAUUACGAUUGGGUAAUGAUGUACGUGUUGGCAGUACAAAACUUGGUGCCACUGAUAGUCCCUGUCCCGGAUGUACCGUGUCAAAUCUCGAUCCAAAUGCCACUGCGUACACUCCCAAAGGAUCACUUGUUGCGUCUACGGAAGCUUGAAAAUCUCUUUUUUUCUGGUUUUUUCUUCUGUUAUAGGUUUUGUUUUUUCAUUGCGUAUUUCUUUCAAUAUCCAUGACAAGAACUAUUUUCCAAUAACAAACACGCCCACUUACUCCACGCAAGCAUGUUUCAUCAAUCAUUACAUCUUAUUGUUACUAGCAAUUUAUCCCUAGGAAAUUCAUUCAUCCUUUUAUUUAUAUCUUCUCAUGUUUUUUUUUUUAAGAAAACGAGUCUGAUUUAUGACACUCUGUAAAACUGCAGGUACAUAUGAAAAAUUUUCACAGAGCGAGAUAAAUUUUUUUUUUUGGUCAUCGAAUUCUGGAUUCGAUCGAAAAUCAUUUUGUAUUAUCAUCACUGAGUAGGAUGAUAUUUUUUUUUUCAUUCAAGAAAACCAUACGAUUGUAUAUACCUAUCGUACUCGUGAUAUAAAACUAAAAAAAAACAAA